AUGGCUGCUAGUUUGCAAGGGCACCAGGUACAUCCUGAGGGACGUACAUGGAAGACGCAUUUUCCGAAGGGCGAUCUCUGGGUAUUUGGAUAUGGGAGUUUGAUCUGGAAACCACCCCCACACUACGCUAACAUUGCCAUGCAGACCAACGCGUCCCAGGCUACAUCAAUGGUUAUGUUCGACGUUUUUGGCAGGACUAAUCCGGACACGACCGUCCACACCUUCGUAUGGUUGAUAAAUCUUCUUUGGACUGACAUCGCUGUUCUUUUUGCCGGACUUAGUACCGAUCACCGCGGAACACCCGAACAGCCUGGUCGAGUGGUUACUGUGAUUGAACGAGAAUUCUGGGAAACAUUGGAUGACCCGCUCGCUCAAUUGGAAUCCGACUCUGAAUCCACUGCCAAAGUGUGGGGCGCCGCAUACCAUAUUCCGGCGUCACAUGCGGAGGAAGUCCAUGACUACCUCGAUGAACGAGAGAUAGAUGGGUAUAGUGCGCACUUCACCCCCUUCCACCCUGUCUCCGGGGAAGAUCCGUCUACUAGCUCCAUCUGUAUGGUGUACAUUGGUCAGCCCACCAACCCACAAUUCCUACGGGAGCUUGCUCAUCGUGAGCCGCAGCAUGUGGCGCAGGUGAUAAGUGGGGGACAUGGACUUAGUGGCAAGAACACAGAGUAUCUAUUCUUGUUAGAGAAGGCGCUAGAAGGAAUUGGACUGGGAUCUGCAGAUGUUCAUGUCACUGAUUUGGUCAAAAGAGUCAAGGCCAUUGAGGCAGAGGGCGAAGGGGAGAGGGAAGAGAGGGAGGCAGCGGAGGAAGUAGAGCAUUCUUUGGCUGCUCAUGAGGAGGUUCAGAGUGGAGAUAGUAUUGAGUGA